AUGACGGCUCUAUCCUUGGUGGUCGAUCCCUCAGACCCCUCUCUCCACUGAGGUUUCCCCGACAAGAGGGUCCCGUGAGGAACCAGCGGGAAGGGCGGAGACAGCGAAGGAGGAGGGAGGGGGGAUGGGAAAGAGGGAGAAACAUCAGCCUAAGCCGAACAGCUCCAGAUCGCCCCAAGAGUCCCCUGGCUCCUGAACUCGAGGUGAAGCUCAGGACACGCCACCUCCCCGUCCCCGGGCCCAGUGUGGUAUAAAGGAAUUCAUAAGCCAUGGAUGUAUUCAUGAAAGGACUUUCAAAGGCCAAGGAGGGAGUUGUGGCUGCUGCUGAAAAAACCAAACAGGGUGUGGCAGAAGCAGCAGGAAAGACAAAAGAGGGUGUUCUCUAUGUAGGCUCCAAAACCAAGGAAGGAGUAGUUCAUGGUGUGACAACAGUGGCUGAGAAGACCAAAGAGCAAGUGACAAAUGUGGGUGAGGCGGUGGUGACGGGGGUGACAGCAGUAGCACAGAAGACUGUGGAGGGAGCAGGGAGCAUUGCAGCUGCCACUGGCUUUGGCAAAAAGGAUCAGCUGGGCAAGAGUGAAGAAGGAGGCCCACAGGAAGGAAUUCUGGAAGAUAUGCCAGUUGAUCCUGACAAUGAAGCAUAUGAAAUGCCUUCUGAGGAAGGGUAUCAAGACUAUGAACCCGAAGCCUAAGAAAUACUUUUGCUCCCAGUUUCUUGAGACCUACUGACAGAUGUUCCAUCCUGUACAAGUACUCAGUUCCAACAUGUCCAGUCAUGACGUUUUCUCACAGUUUUUACAGUGUAUUUUAAACUCUUCCAUCAGCAGUAAUUGAAGUUAUCUGUACCUGCCCCUACGCAGCAUUUCAGUGCUUCCCUCUCACUGAAGUGAUUAUACGGUAGCAGGGUCCUUGUGUGCUAUGUGGAUAUUGUGGCUUCAAAUCUAAAAUGUUAAAUUAAAACACCUAAGUGACUACCACUUAUUUCUAAAUCUUCACUAUUUUUUGUUGCUGUUAUUGAGAAGUUGUGAUUUACUAUCAUAUAUUAUAAGAUUUCUAGGUGUCUUUUAAUGAUUAUUUCUGUUUAAAAAUAAUGAUGUGUUGUGAAAUUUGUUAAUAUAUAUAAUACUUAAAAACAUGUGAGCAUGAAACUAUGCACCUAUAAAUAUUAACUAUGAAAUUUUACUGUUUUGUGAUGUGUUUUAUUAACUUGUGUUUAUAUAUAAAUGGUGAAAAUUAAAAUGUUAUCUCAUUACAAAAAUAUUUUUAAUCCAUCUCACUUUAAUAAUAAAAUCAUGCUUGUACACUACAAACUGAGAACUGACACAAUUACAGUUCUUGACAUCCAUUUGAAGGAGAAGGAAUUUUAGAAGAAUUUAAACAGACAAGAUGGAACGUUAACCCUUUACUCUAAAUUCACUGAAGAAACACUACCCAAAGUAUGUUCUGACAUGUAGUGGUGUCUUAAGAGACUAUACAGAAAAAAAUGGGUUCCAUGGAAUAAUAAAAAUUGAUUUUGACUAUGUCUACUUCAAGUAUUGAUAAAACAUAUUAGCACAUUAAGGCUCAGAGAGAAUCCAGUUAACUUUAUUAAACCAGCGUUUUAUGUAUUUAUUUUUUAGAUCAAAUCCCCCCCAUCCACCACCCUUGGAAAUGCCUUUAAAAAUUUCUGGGAACUACCAAACCAUUACCUUCAGAAAUGUUAAUUUAAAUGGGUGCAUUCCCAGAAAUAGAUCUUUCAAAACUGAAUCAGGAAUAAGUAGAAAAUUUGAAAAAAAUAUUAUUACCAGCAAUGAAAUUGAAUAGUAAUCAAAAAAUCCCAACAAACAAAAGUCCAGGAUCAGAUAACUUGACAGAGGGAUUCUACCAAAUAUUUAAAGAAGAGCUAAUAACUGUUCUUCUCAAACUUCCAUAAGACAGAAGAGGAAGGAAAGCUUCUAAGUUCAUUCUGUGAGGCUAGCAUUACCCUCACACGGAAACCAGACAAAGACACCACAAAAAAAGAAAACUACAGGCCAAUAUCUCUGACGAAAAUAGAUGUAAAAUCCUCAAUACAUUAUUAGCAAACAAAAUUUGGCAAUACUUUACAAAAAUCAUUCACCACAAUAAAUUGUGAUUUAUUUGGGGAUGCAAGGGUAGUUCAGUAUCUGCAAAUCAAUCAAUGUGAUACAUCGCAUUAAUAAGAGAUAGAAUAACCACAUGAUCAUUUCAAUAGAUUCAGAAAAAAUAUUUGAUAAAAUAUAACAUCCACUCAUGCUAAAACCUCUCUGGAAAAUAGGUCUAAAGGGAACAUAUUUUAACAUAAUAAGGGCCAUAUAUGAGAAACCCACAACUAACAUCAUACUCAGUUGUGAAAAACUGACAGCUUUUCCCCUAAGAACAAGAACAAAACAAGAAUGUCCACCCACCACUUCUAUUCAGCAUGGCAUUGGAAGUCUUAGUGGCAGCAGUCAGACAAAAAAAAAAAAAAAAAAAAAAAAAAAAAGGCAUACAUAAUAAGGAAGAAGUAAAACUUUCACUCCUUGCAGAUGACAUGAUACUAUAUAUAGAAAAUCCUAAAGAAUCCACCAACACCCCCCCCCAAAAAAAACCCUAUUAGGACUGAUAAAGGAAUUUAGUAAAGUUGCAACAUACAAAAUUAUAUACGGAGGUCUGUUGCAUUUCUGUACAUUAAUAGCAAGUAAAAAAAUGAGAAAUUGAGAAAACAAUCUCAUUUAUAAAUGCACCAAAAAGAAUAAAAUACCUAGACAUAAAUUUAACUGAAGAAAUGAAAGACUGUACUCUGAAAACUUUAAGUCACUGAGGAAAGAAAUCAAACAUUAUGCAAAUAAAUGGAAAGAUAUAUUGUGCUUAUGAAUUGGAAAAACUAAUAUUGUUAAAAUAUCCAUACUACCCAAAGCCCUCUACAGAUUCAAUACAAUUCCCAUAAAAAUGCCAGUGGCAUUUCACAGAACUGAAACAAAGAAGAUUUAGAUGAUUAUGGAACACAAAUGCUUCUGAAUAGUCAAAGCAAUCUUGAGAAAUAAGAACAAAGCUGAGAAAAUAAAGCUCUCUGAUUUCAAACUAUAUUACAAAACUAUAAUAACAACAACAUUAUGUCAUAGCACAAAAACAGACAAAUAGAUCAAUGGACUAGAAUAGACACACCACAAAUAAAUCCUUGCUUAUAUAGUCAAUCUAUGUGAAGGGAGACAAGAAGAUAUAAUGGGGGAAAAAACUGUCUCUUUAAAAUAUAGUGUUGAGAAAACUGGACCACUGUCUUACAACAUAUACAAAGAGAAAUUCAAAAUGGACUAAAAACUGGAAUGUAAGACCUGAAACCAUAAGACUUCUAGAAGUGAAAAUAGGCAGUAAUUUAUUUGACACUGGUCUUGGCAAUAUAUUUUUGGACCACUUUCAUCUGUAAGGACAACAAAGCAAAAAUAAAUUAUUGAGACUACACCAGAAUAAAAAGCUUUUGCACAGUGAAGGAAGUAAUCAACAAAAUAAAAGGCAGCCUACUGAAUGGGAGAAGAUAUUUGCAAAUGAUAUAUCUGAUAAGGAGCUAAUCUCCAAAAUAUAUAAAGAAUUAUACAAUAUAAAGAAAAUACAAUCAAAAAAAUGGGCAGAGGACUUGAAUAGACAUGUUCCAAAGAAGACAUAUAGAUGGCUAACAGACCUGUGAAAAGAUGUUCAAUGUCACUCAUCAGGGAAAUGUUAAUCAAAAUCACAAAGAAAUAUUAUCUAACACCUGUCAGAAUGGCUAAAAUCAAAAAGAUAAGAAAUAAAAAGUGUUGGUGAGAAUGUAAAGAAAAAUGAAUAUUGUGCACUGUUGGUGAGAAUGAAAAUUAGUUCAGCCAGUCUGGAAAACAGUAUGGAGGGUUUUUGUUUUUUUUUUUUUAAUUAAAAAUAGAAAUGCCAUAUGAUUUAGUAAUUCUACUACUGCAUAUUUAUCCAAAAGGGUAAAAAUAAACCCACCAAUUUAAAAAGAUA